AUGAAAAGGCAGCAGAGCAGAGUGGAUCACCUACCGGACUACAGCAAAGAGUUCUUAUCCGAUCAGAAACAUGGUUUGAGCGGCUGCGCGCUGCUGCUGCUGCUGAGCGCCGCGCUGCCGGUCCCGGGUCCGACGGCCCCGGGUCUUAGCGCCGACCCCUGCGCUCAGCUCUUCAGGGACCUCCAGCUGCGCGUCAAGAGCGUCGUGAACGAAACGUUUUGCCAUGGAGUUUUCACAUCCAAUGAAAUGACGGUGUGGAGCCAGGAGACGGUACAAGCCUGUGCACCCACUUCCACCCAGAACCCCAACUGUAUGGUGCAAAGAAACACGUCUUUCAACGAGACUGAAUGUGUGAGCAGCAUCAUGAGGGACCUGGCCUACCAUGACGCAGCCAUCCAGUCCUACCUCAGUCCUCUCAUAAAAGUGCACUCUUAUGAGAUGGAAGUUCAACGUCUGCAAUCAGUGCAGAGUGUCUUACAGAGUUUGAGGAAGAACUGCAACCCGCUGGCGAAUGGUGACAACUCCUUGGAGGAGGAUACUGCCAAUAUGUGGAAAAAAGACUCCUUCGAAAACAGGAAGAAGAUGUGUAAGAUGAUGAGAGGCUUCCACGUCCGUGCCAUCACCAUCAACCGAGCCUUGGGGUACAUCUCCUCUGGAGACCACCGGAAGUAAAAAUCCCGAAGCCUUGUCAACAUCGCCAUCGUUCCCAUUUAUACUUGCAAUAUCUCUGUAAUACUCGUUCACUACCAUCGUAACUACUGACUGUGUAGUUCCUCACACUGAACAUGCUGCAAAUCUGUCUGCUGCUCAGGCAUAAGCUAAUUGUGUGGACUCCAGCCUCCUCAGCCUCCCCAUCCUCCUCUUCCUCCUCCCCAUCCUCCUCCUCUCCUCCGG